AUACUGUGGGACAGUAGAGUUAAACAUUAAUUUAUCUUGCAUAAACGAUUCUCUGUGAUAAAAACCUUCUGUCUGGAGCUCCUCAAACAGAGAAUCGCUUGAUUCUUGAACAUGGCUGAUUUUGGUGAGAUCCUGAGGACCGUUGGAGACUUUGGAUUAUUCCAGAAGCUUAUACUAUUUGGACUAUGCUUCCCGAAUCUUAUCCUGCCUUUCCACCUGGCCAGUUUGAUUUUCAUCCAGUCAGACCCUGAGUGCCACUGUAACACUGACUGGAUCCUUAGAGCUGGUUCUAAUCUGAGCAGGGAGGAACAGCUGAAUCUGACCGUGCCCCGGGAGGAGGAUGGAGCCUUCAGUAGGUGUCUGAUGUUUACCCCUGUGGACUGGGACAUUGACACCAUCAGGGAGCAUGGACUCAAUCAGACCACUGAGUGCCAGAAUGGAUGGGUGUACAACAAGAUAAUGUACGAGGCCACCAUAGUCACUGAUGUAAGUAGGACAGGAUGAGUGCAGGGGAUGAACUAUUGUUUUUACUAACCAUAAGACUGUAUUUUGUCAUGUCAUUAAUGAGCUUAUAUGUUAUCAGAUUUUAUUUUGUUGCAGUUUGAUCUUGUCUGUGGCAAAGCUAACGUUGUCGGACUUGCACAAACUGUGUUCAUGGCUGGCAUUCUUCUUGGUUCACUCUUGUUCGGACCUUUUGCUGAAUCGUAAGCACACUUGAAGUUGUGAAUAACAUGUCCUAUACUUCUUGGUUUCUUUCUUUCUCUUUUGUAAAAACACCACCAAACAUAAACAAGUAAACCAAGAGGAACAUUCAUCAAACCUUCAAAAGGAGGUUUAAAACUGUUUUAACCAACAUGGUUUUCUGCACUUUUUUUCUCUUCUAGAUUUGGUCGCCAACGAGCAACUCAGAUACCCAUGGUUAUUAUGCUAAUCUUUACUGUAACAACAGGCCUGUCUCCAAACUUUUAUUUGUAUCUGGCAUCCCAGUUUUUAGUAGGGAUCGCAUAUGGUGGAUUUCGAAUCAACGGCAUUGUAUUAGGUAAAGUGAUGUCCAUUUCAAAUAGACUAUGCUCUGUAAUAAAAAAACAUGAGAUAACAGAACUCAGUCAAUGAUUUGUCAGGCAGCUGGUCAAAAUAACAAGUUGUAUAACAUUAUAAAAUGUUCCUUUCUACAGCAACUGAAUGGGUCGGAGUGACAAGACGUUCUUAUGCGUCUUGUUUGAGUCAGACGUUCGGUGGAGUUGGCCAGUGCAUCCUUGCUGGCAUGAUCUUCUUCAUCAGAGACUGGAGACUUGCGCAGUUUGUCAUGGCUGCACCAAUAGCAGUGGUCGCCGUAUAUAUAUGGUGUGUACACGUGUCGUCUUUCACCAAUAUUAAAACGGAUCGUUUUAAUCCAGAGAGGCAUUACACAUCCCAAACAGAAGUUAUUCAAACUGAUAAAGACCUCAGGGACAUUACAAAGCCAAACGGAGCAUUACAGCACCCAAGCUGAAUAUUAAUAUUAGCAAUAUUAAUUAUAAUUUGUAAAAUCUGCUUGUUAUGUAUUUCCAGGUUUAUUCCUGAAUCAGCCAGAUGGUUAUUGGAUCAGGGGAAAUCAGAGGAAGCUAAGAAGUUGAUACUCAGGGUAGCAGCCAUCAACAAACGCACAGUUCCAGAUAUUAUUCUAGAGAAGGUAAAGUGCAUGAAUUAGGAAUUAGAAUACUAGAAUGGAAAUGAAACUUUUUAUGAUCAGGGAGGGAGUUGGUCAACCAUGGUUUGCCAGUGCUGUGAUAAGAUAUUGUAAAAAUAAUGAAUUUGAAGAAUUUAUCUGCACUGUAUGUUUGUUAGCUAGCUAGCUAGUCAGCCAGUUUGUUGACAAGUUGUAAAUGCAACAAGUACUGAUAUUGUAUCACUCACAACUUUCCAAGAAAACAAACAUUUAGACAUUUAUGCUCUGUUUAUAUAUAUCCUAGAGGCUAUUUAUACAGAAAAUUGGCAUAAAACCUGUAUCAACUGCAUUUAUACUUCUAUGACAAAAUUGUAGGUUGACAAUAAUUAGAUUACACAAUUUCUGAUAUUCUUAUUUGGCAGUUUUCGCUGCAUAACAUGUAGAAGUUGUCCCUUUUCAGGUAUAGAAGAAGUGACUGCUAAAUGCUAACCCUCGUUCGCAUAAGCUGGGUAGCAUAGCUAACAUACAGAAAUCUGGUGGUGGCAGUCAAAGUCGUUUUUUUAACUGUAAUGCAGUUGAUUGGUAAUGAUGACAUGAACAUGUGUUGGGGUUGACAUCCAUACAAGCAUUUACUCAGAUUUAUAUCUCAAUAUAGUGUGAAAUGUACAUAUAAACAAAAGCUUAAAUGUAGGCCCAUUUUGCUGGUGGGCAAUGAGGCGAAUCGGGAUCUUUCCCUCACGGCCCUUUCCCUCGUGCGUUUCCAUGGCAAUUGCAUUGUAUUGCUCGAGUUCGAUUGACCUUUCAGGCACUGAUUAUGGUAAACGUACAUCUACCCCAAAGAGCAAUAUCUAACACAAAGGUCACCUCUAUUCCAGAUAGCUGAGGAGAAAGUUGUUCAGAAGGGAGGCGUACUCAUUCUCAUCAGAUCUCCUGUACUUAGGAAAUACUUCUUAACUAUUACUCUUGGAUGGUACGUUCUUUAAUACCUUAAUAUCUCAAAUUGUCCAACCUUUAGCCAAUAUUAAAUCUCAUCAUGACAAACAAAUGUGAUGUCUGUUUUUGUGUCUCUCUCUCUCUCUGAAAUCACAGGUUCUCGUUAAACCUCUCCUACUACUGUUUGUCCUUCAACGUCGGGAACUUUGGCUUGGACAUCUUCUUGACACAGCUCAUGUUCGGACUCACAGAGAUACCAGGUCAUAUACUCUGCAUCUUUAUACUGGAAUAUUUGGGGAGGAAGAUAUCCUUAAUGUCCACCCUUCUGACUGGUGGAUUCACCUGCUUCCUAAUCCUGGCUGUUCCACAAGGUAAAGUUCCAACUGGAAUACAUUUGACAUUUUAGACAUUUAGUAGAUGCUCUUAUCCAGAGCAACUAUCAAUUAGUGCAUUCAUCUUAAGAUAGCUAGUUGAGACAUCGACACAUCACAAUCGUAUCAAGUACAUUUUCCCUCAACAAAGUAUUUAUCAGAAAAGUCAGUGCUAGUGGGAAAAUAUCAGUGUUUUUUUGUUUGUAUUUUUUUGCGGGGGAGGCGCCGUGAGAGUUAUUUAAGGUACUCUUCAAGGAGGUAGGGUUUCAGACGUUUUCGAAAGAUGGGCAGAGACUCUGCUGUCCUGACUUCAGUGUGAAGCUUGUUCCACCAUUGGGGUGCCGGGACAGGGAAGAGAUUUGACUGGGCUGAGCGGUAGCUGCAGGGGUGGGAGGGCCAAAAGACCAGAGGUGGCGGAACAGAGUGCUCGGGUUUGGAUGUAGGGUUUGAGCAUAUCCUGAAGGUAAGGAGGUGCAGUUCCUCUUGCCACUCCGUAGGCAAGUACCAGGGUCUUGAAAAUGAUGCGAGCUUCGUCUGGAAGCCAGUGGAGUGUGCGGAGGAGCGGGGUGACAUGGCAGAACUUAGGAAGGUUGAACACCAGGCGGGCUGCGGCAUUCUGGAUAAGAUGCAGGGGUUUUAUGGCACAAGCAGGGAGCCCAGCCAACAGAGAGUUGCAGUAGUGUAGACGGGAGAUGACACGUGCCUGGAUUAGGACCUGCACCGCUUCCUGUGUGAGGAAGGGUCGUACUCCACGGAUGUUGUAGAGCAUGAACAUGCAGGAGCGGGUCACUGCUUUGUUGUUUGCAGAGGAUGACGGGGUGUCUGGGAGGGGGACACCGUGGAGUUGUCAACCAUGUGAGGAGAUGACAGAGAAGAGUGUACAAAACAUUAGGAACAGCUUCCUAAUAUUGAGUUGCACCCGCUUUUGCCCUCAGAACAGCCUCAAUUUGUCAGGACAAGACUCUACCAGGUGUCGAAAGCGUUCCAUGAGUGUGCUGGCCCAUGUUGACUUCAAUGCUUCCCACAGUUGUGUCAAGUUUGCUGGAUGUCCUUUGGGUGGUGGACCUUUCUUGAUACAAACGGGAAACUGUUUAGCGUGAAAAACCCAACAGCGUUGCAGUUCUUGACACACUCAAACCGGUGCGCCUGGCACCUUCUACCAUACCCCGUUCAAAUGCACUUCAAUCUUUUGUCUUGCCCAUUCACCCUCUGAAUGGCACACAUACACAAUCCAUGUCUCAAUUGUCACAAUACUUAAAAAUCCUUCUUUAACUUGUCUCCUCCCCUUCAUCUACACGGAUUGAAGUGGAUUUAACAGGUGACCUCAAUAAGGUAUCAUAGCUUUCACCUGGAUUCACCUGUUCAAUCUAUGUCAUGGAAAGAGCAGGUGUUCCUAAUGUUUUGUAAACUCAGUGUACAUACACAGUGCAUUCGGAAAGUAUUCAGACCCCUUGACUUUUUCCAAAAACAUUUACGUUACAACCUUAUUCUAAAAUGGAUUAAAUUGUUUUUUUCCCCCCUCAUCAAUCUACACACAAUACCCCAUAAUGACAAAGCAAAAACUGGUUUUUAGACAUUUCUGCAAAUGUAUUAAAUAUAAAAACUGAAAUAUUAAAUUUACAUAAGUAUUCAGACCCUUUACUUAAUUCUUUGUUGAAGCGCCUUUCGCAGUUAUUACAGCCUCGAGUUUUCUUGGAUAUGACACUACAAGCUUGGCACACCUGUAUUUGGGGAGUUUCUUCCAUUCUUCUCUGCAGAUCCUCUGAAGCUCUGUCAGGUUGGAUGGGGAGCGUUGCUACACAGUUAUUUUCAGGUCUCUCCAGAGAUGUUCGAUCGGGUUCAAAUCCGGGCUCUGCAUGGGCCACUCAAGGACAUUCAGAGACUUGUCCCGAAGCCACUCCUGCGUUGUCUUGGCUGUGUGCUUAGGGUUGUUGUCCUGGUGGAUGGUCAACCUUCGCCCCAGUCUGAGGUUCUGACCGCUCUGGAGCAGGUUUUCAUCAAGGAUCUCUCUGUACUUUUCUCUGUUCAUCUUUCCCUCGAUCAUGACUAGUCUCCCAGUCCCUGCCGCUGAAAAACAUCCCCACAGUAUGAUCCUGCCUCCACCAUGCUUCACCGUAGGGAUGGUGCCAGGUUUCCUCCAGACGUGAAACUUGCAAUUCAGACCACAGCGUUCAAUAUUGGUUUCAUCAGACCAGAGAAUCUUGUUUCUCAUGGUGUGAGAGUCCUUUAGGUGCCUUUUGGCAAUGUGGCUUUUACUGAAGAGUGGCUGAUUGGUGGAAUGCUGCAGAGAUGGUUGUCCUUCUGGAAGGUUCUCCCAUCUCUAGAAAGGAACUCUGGAGCUCUGUCAGAGUGAUCAUUGGGUUCUUGGUCACCUCCCUGACCUAGGCCCUUCUCCGUCUUGGUGGUUCCAAUCUUCAUCCAUUUAAGAAUGAUGGAGGCCACUGUGUUCUUGGGGACCUUCAAUGCUGCAGAAAUUCUUUGGUACCCUUCCCCAGAUCUGUGCCUCGACACAAUCCUGUCUUGGCGAUCUACGGACAAUUCCUUCGACCUCAUGGCUUGGUUUUGCUCUGACAUGCACUGUCAACUAUGGAACAUUAUAUAGACAGGUGUGUGCCUUUCCAAAUCAUGUCCAAUCAAUUGAAUUUACCACAGGUGGACUCCAAUCAAGUUGUGGAAACAUCUCAAGAAUAAUCAAUGGAAACAGGAUGCACCUGAGCAAAAUUUCGAGUCUCAUAGCAAAGGGUCUGAAUACUUUUGUAAACAAGGUAUUUCUGUUUUUGCAAAAAAUUCUAAAAACCUGUUUUUGCUUUGUCAUUAUGGGGUAAUGUUUGUAGAUUGAUGCCGAUUGUUUUUAUUUAAUCCAUUUUAGAAUAAGGCUGUAACGUAACAAAAUGUGGAAAAAGUCAAGGUGUUUGAAUACUUUUCGAUUGCACUGUACAUAAAAGAUCUACAGAGACAGUGGAUUUACCAUUCAAAGUUGAGAAACAUGUUGAUGAACAGUACAGUUAACUCUACUUCAGACAACAGAAAAAAACAUUUGAUUACUUAAUUCACUUCAACAAAGAACGUAUAGUACGUUAACCUACUUCAGACAACAGAAACUGUGAUGAACAUACUUAAUCACUCAACACAGAAACAUGUUGAUGAACAGUACGUUAACUCUACUUCAGACAACAGAAACAUGUUGAUGUAACAGUACGUUAACUCUACUUCAGACAACACAGGAAACAGUAGUUAAUCACUUAGACAAGAAAAUGUGAUGAACAUACGUUAACUCUACUUCAGACAACAGAAACAUGUUGAUGUACAGUACAGUUAACUCUACUUCAGACAACAGAAACAUGUUGAUGUACAGUACGUUAACUCUACUUCAGACAACAGAAACAUGUUGAUGAACAGUACGUUAACUCUACUUCAGACAACAGAAACAUGUUGAUGUACAGUACAGUUAACUCUACUUCAGACAACAGAAACAUGUUGAUGUACAGUACGUUAACUCUACUUCAUGUUGAUGUACAGUACGUUAACUCUACUUCAUGUUGAUGUACAGUACGUUAACUCUACUUCAUGUUGAUGUACAGUACGUUAACUCUACUUCAUGUUGAUGAACAGUACGUUAACUCUACUUCAUGUUGAUGUACAGUACGUUAACUCUACUUCAUGUUGAUGAACAGUACGUUAACUCUACUUCAUGUUGAUGAACAGUACGUUAACUCUACUUCAGACAACGGAAACAUGUUGAUGAACAGUACGUUAACUCUACUUCAGACAACAGAAACAUGUUGAUGAACAGUACGUUAACUCUACUUCAGACAACAGAAACAUGUUGAUGAACAGUACGUUAACUCUACUUCAGACAACAGAAACAUGUUGAUGUACAGUACGUUAACUCUACUUCAGACAACAGAAACAUGUUGAUGAACAGUACGUUAACUCUACUUCAUGUUGAUGAACAGUACGUUAACUCUACUUCAUGUUGAUGAACAGUACGUUAACUCUACUUCAGUUGAUGAACAGUACGUUAACUCUACUUCAUGUUGAUGAACAGUACGUUAACUCUACUUCAUGUUGAUGAACAGUACGUUAACUCUACUUCAGACAACAGAAACAUGUUGAUGAACAGUACGUUAACUCUACUUCAGACAACAGAAACAUGUUGAUGUACAGUACAGUUAACUCUACUUCAGACAACAGAAACAUGUUGAUGUACAGUACAGUUAACUCUACUUCAGACAACAGAAACAUGUUGAUGAACAGUACGUUAACUCUACUUCAUGUUGAUGAACAGUACGUUAACUCUACUUCAUGUUGAUGAACAGUACGUUAACUCUACUUCAUGUUGAUGAACAGUACGUUAACUCUACUUCAUGUUGAUGUACAGUACGUUAACUCUACUUCAUGUUGAUGAACAGUACGUUAACUCUACUUCAUGUUGAUGAACAGUACGUUAACUCUACUUCAUGUUGAUGAACAGUACGUUAACUCUACUUCAUGUUGAUGAACAGUACGUUAACUCUACUUCAUGUUAAUGAACAGUACGUUAACUCUACUUCAGACAACAGAAACAUGUUGAUGAACAGUACGUUAACUCUACUUCAUGUUGAUGAACAGUACGUUAACUCUACUUCAUGUUGAGUUAACGUACUGUUAACGUACUCUAGUAGAGUUAACGUACUUGAUGUACAGUACGUUAACUCUACUUCAUGUUGAUGAACAGUACGUUAACUCUACUUCAUGUUGAUGAACAGUACGUUAACUCUACUUCAUGUUGAUGAACAGUACGUUAACUCUACUUCAUGUUGAUGAACAGUACGUUAACUCUACUUCAUGUUGAUGAACAGUACGUUAACUCUACUUCAUGUUGAUGAACAGUACGUUAACUCUACUUCUGUUGAUGAACAGUACGUUAACUCUACUUCAUGUUGAUGAACAGUACGUUAACUCUACUUCAUGUUGAUGAACAGUACGUUAACUCUACUUCAGACAACAGAAACAUGUUGAUGUACAGUACGUUAACUCUACUUCAGACAACAGAAACAUGUUGAUGAACAGUACAGUUAACUCUACUUCAGACAACAGAAACAUGUUGAUGUACAGUACGUUAACUCUACUUCAUGUUGAUGAACAGUACGUUAACUCUACUUCAUGUUGAUGAACAGUACGUUAACUCUACUUCAUGUUGAUGAACAGUACGUUAACUCUACUUCAUGUUGAUGUACAGUACGUUAACUCUACUUCAUGUUGAUGAACAGUACGUUAACUCUACUUCAUGUUGAUGUACAGUACGUUAACUCUACUUCAUGUUGAUGAACAGUACGUUAACUCUACUUCAUGUUGAUGUACAGUACGUUAACUCUACUUCAUGUUGAUGAACAGUACGUUAACUCUACUUCAUGUUGAUGAACAGUACGUUAACUCUACUUCAUGUUGAUGAACAGUACGUUAACUCUACUUCAUGUUGAUGAACAGUACGUUAACUCUACUUCAUGUUAAUGAACAGUACGUUAACUCUACUUCAGACAACAGAAACAUGUUGAUGUACAGUACGUUAACUCUACUUCAUGUUGAUGAACAGUACGUUAACUCUACUUCAUGUUGAUGAACAGUACGUUAACUCUACUUCAUGUUGAUGAACAGUACGUUAACUCUACUUCAUGUUGAUGUACAGUACGUUAACUCUACUUCAUGUUGAUGAACAGUACGUUAACUCUACUUCAUGUUGAUGAACAGUACGUUAACUCUACUUCAUGUUGAUGAACAGUACGUUAAACUCUACUUCAUGUUGAUGUACAGUACGUUUAACUCUACUUCAUGUAAUGAACAUUACGUUAUUAACUCUACUUCAUGUGAUGAACAGUACGUUAACUCUACUUCAUGUUGGAUUGAACAGUACGUUAACUCUAACUUCAUGUUGGAUGAACAGUUAUGUAUUUACUCUACUUCAUGUUGAUUUGAACAGUAACGUUAACUCUACUUCAUGUUGAUGAACAGUACGUUAACUUACUUCAUGUUGAUGUAACAGUACGUUAACCCUCUACUUCAUGUUGAUGCAAAGUACGUUUUAACUCUACUUCAUGUUAUGAAACCGUACGUUAACUCUACUUCAUGUUAAUGAACAGUCCGUUAACUCUACUUCAUGUUGAUGUAGUCAGUACUGUAACUUUACUUCAUGUUAAUGUACAGUACGUUAACUCUAACUUCAUGACACCAGGAAGAAACAUUGUUGAUGCAGACGUUAACUCUACUUCCUGGUUGAUGAACAGUACGUUAACUCUACUCAUGGUUGAAUGAACAGUACGUUUACCUCUACUUCAUGUUGAUGAACAGUACGUUAACUCUACUUCAUGUUAAUGAACAGUACGUUAACUCUACUUCAUGUUGAUGAACAGUACGUUAACUCUACUUGAUGUUGAUGAACAGUACGUUAACUCUACUUCAGACAACGCCGUUGCUAUCACUGCUCUUGCAGCUGCUGGGAGGUUUUUCAUGAACAACGCUGGAUCCAUAUGCAACGUCUAUGUUCAGGAGCUGUUUCCCACCUCUGUUAGGUAAGACCUGUUAUUUCUGUAUACGUGCAUAGAGACCUCUUCACUUUUCGCACAUUUUGUUGUACGUUACAGCCUUAUUCUAAAAUCGAUUAAAUAUUUUUUUUCCCCUCAUCAAUCUACACACAAUACCCCAUAAUGACAAAGCGAAAAAAGGUUUUUAGAUUUUUUUGUAUAUUUAUAAAAAAAUAAAACCAGAAAUAACUUAUACACAUGUAUUCAGACCCUUUGCUAUGAGACUCGAAAUUGAGCUCAGGUGCAUCCUGUUUCCAUUGAUCAUCCUUGAGAUGUUUCUACAACUUGAUUGGAGUCCACCUGUGGUAAAUUCAAUUGAUUGGACAUGAUUUGGAAAGGCACACACCUGUCUAUAUAAGGUCCCACAGUUGACAGUGCAUGUCAGAGCAAAAACCAAGUCAUGAGGUUGAAGGAAUUGUCUGUAAAUAUCAGAGACAGGAUUGUGUUGAGGUACAGAUCUGGGGAAGGGUACCAAAAAAUGUCUGCAGCAUUGAAGGUCCCCAUGAACACAGUGGCCUCCAUCAUUCUUAAAUGGAAGAAGUUUGGAACCACCAAGACUCUUCCUAGAGCUGGCAGCCCGGCCAAACUGAGCAAUCGGCGGAGAAGGGCCUAGGUCAGGGAGGUGACCAAGAAACCAAUGGUCACUCUGACAGAGCUCCAGAGUUCCUCUGUGGAGAUGGCAGAACCUUCCAGAAGGACAACCAUCUCUGCAGCACUCCACCAAUCAGGUCUUUACAGUAGAGUGGCCAGACGGAAGCCACUCCUCAGUAAAAGGCACAUGACAGCCCGUUUGGAGUUUUCCAAAAGGCACCUAAAGUACUCUCAGACCAUGAGAAACAAGAUUCUAAGUUCUGUUGAAAUCAAGAUUGACCUCUUUGGCCUGGAUGCCAAGCGUCACGUCUGGAGGAAACCAGGCACCGCUCAUCACCUGGCCAACACCAUCCUACGGUGAAACAUGGUGGUGGCAGCGUCAUGCUGUGGGGAUGUUUUUCAGCAGCAGGGACUGGGAGACCAGUCAGGAUCGAGGGAAAGAACGGAGCAAAGUACAGAGAUCCUUGAUGAAAACCUGCUCCGAAGCGUUCGGGAAGUCAAAUUGGGACAACGGUUCACCUUCCAACAGGAUAACGACCCUAAGCACACAGCCAAGACAACGCAGGAGUGGCUUCGGGACAAGUCUCUGAAUGUCCUUGAGUGGCCCAGCCAGAGCCCGGACUUGAACCCGAUCGAACAUCUCUGGAGAGACCUGAAAAUAGCUGUGCAGCGACGCUCCCCAUCCAACCUGACAGAGCUUGAGAGGAUCUGCAGAGAAGAAUGGGAGAAACUCCCCAAAUACAGGUGUGCCAAGCUUGUAGCAUCAUACCCAAGAAGACUCUAGGCUGUAAUCGCUGCCAAAGGUGCUUCAACAAAGUACUGAGUAAAGGGUCUGAAUACUUAUGUAAAUGUUAUAUUUCACAUUUUAACUUAUUUUUUGUGCAAAAAUGUAUAAGAAACCUGUUUUUGCUUUGUCAUUAUGGGGUAUUUUGUGUAGAUUGAUGAGGAGAAAAAAACAAUUCAAUCAAUUUUAGAAUAAGGCUGAACGUAACAAAAUGUGGGAAAAUAAUAGAUAUCUAAAUACUUUCAGAGUUUUCAAGUCUUCACUAUUAUUCUACAAUGUAGAAAAUAGUAAAAAUAAAGAAACUUUUGACCGGUAGUGUGUAUAAAUAUACAGUGGGGAAAAAAAGUAUUUAGUCAGCCACCAAUUGUGCAAGUUCUCCCACUUAAAAAGAUGAGAGAGGCCUGUAAUUUUCAUCAUAGGUACACGUCAACUAUGACAGACAAAUUGAGGAAAAAAAAUCCAGAAAAUCACAUUGUAGGAUUUUUAAUGAAUUUAUUUGCAAAUUAUGGUGGAAAAUAAGUAUUUGGUCACCUACAAACAAGCAAGAUUUCUGGCUCUCACAGACCCGUAACUUCUUCUUUAAGAGGCUCCUCUGUCCUCCACUCGUUACCUGUAUUAAUGGCACCUGUUUGAACUUGUUAUCAGUAUAAAAGACACCUGUCCACAACCUCAAACAGUCACACUCCAAACUCCACUAUGGCCAAGACCAAAGAGCUGUCAAAGGACACCAGAAACAAAAUUGUAGACCAGCACCAGGCUGGGAAGACUGAAUCUGCAAUAGGUAAGCAGCUUGGUUUGAAGAAAUCAACUGCGGGAGCAAUUAUUAGGAAAUGGAAGACAUACAAGACCACUGAUAAUCUCCCUCGAUCAGGGGCUCCACGCAAGAUCUCACCCCGUGGGGUCAAAAUGAUCACAAGAACGGUGAGCAAAAAUCCCAGAACCACACGGGGGGACCUAGUGAAUGACCUGCAGAGAGCUGGGACCAAAGUAACAAAGCCUACCAUCAGUAACACACUACGCCGCCAGGGACUCAAAUCCUGCAGUGCCAGACGUGUCCCCCUGCUUAAGCCAGUACAUGUCCAGGCCCGUCUGAAGUUUGCUAGAGUGCAUUUGGAUGAUCCAGAAGAGGAUUGGGAGAAUGUCAUAUUGUCAGAUGAAACCAAAAUAUAACUUUUUGGUAAAAACUCAACUCGUCGUGUUUGGAGGACAAAGAAUGCUGAGUUGCAUCCAAAGAACACCAUACCUACUGUGAAGCAUGGGGGUGGAAACAUCAUGCUUUGGGGCUGUUUUUCUGCAAAGGGACCAGGACGACUGAUCCGUGUAAAGGAAAGAAUGAAUGGGGCCAUGUAUCGUGAGAUUUUGAGUGAAAACCUCCUUCCAUCAGCAAGGGCAUUGAAGAUGAAACGUGGCUGGGUCUUUCAGCAUGACAAUGAUCCCAAACACACCGCCCGGGCAACGAAGGAGUGGCUUCGUAAGAACCAUUUCAAGGUCCUGGAGUGGCCUAGCCAGUCUCCAGAUCUCAACCCCAUAGAAAAUCUUUGGAGGGAGUUGAAAGUCCGUGUUGCCCAGUGACAGCCCCAAAACAUCACUGCUCUAGAGGAGAUCUGCAUGGAGGAAUGGGCCAAAAUACCAGCAACAGUGUGUGAAAACCUUGUGAAGACUUACAGAAAACAUUUGACCUGUGUCAUUGCCAACAAAGGGUAUAUAACAAAGUAUUGAGAAACUUUUGUUAUUGACCAAAUACUUAUUUUCCACCAUAAUUUGCAAAUAAAUUCAUAAAAAAUCCUACAAUGUGAUUUUCUGGAUUUUUUUUCUCAUUUUGUCUGUCAUAGUUGACGUGUACCUAUGAUGAAAAUUACAGGCCUCUCUCAUCUUUUUAAGUGGGAGAACUUGCACAAUUGGUGGCUGACUAAAUACUUUUUUCCCCACUGUAUGUGUGUGUGUGUGUGUUUGUGUGUAUAUAUAUAUACAUAUAAGGCCCAUAACUAAUGCUAGAUUGUUUAAUAACCCUUAAUGUAUCAUCCAUUUGCUCCUUCAUUCAGACAAACGGCCACAGGCUUAGGUUCAAUAGCAAUCAGAAUUGCUGGAAUGCUGUCUCCAAUGCUCAACAUAUUGGCCACAUACCAUUGGUCUAUCCCCACCAUCGUGUUCAGCAGCCUGUCAUUGGCUGGUGGGGCUCUGGUCGUCCUUCUUCCUGAGACCAGGAGGACAGAACUACCUGACUCUACAGAUGAGGCCGAGGGGAAGAGGUAGGUGCACCAGAGAAUGUGUGAGGAAAGAUGCACAUACAUAAGACUUGGCAGAUCGUUUUGCAUUUGUAGGAAUGCUGUGGAACUAUAAGAGGGUAUUCGUUCAUAUAUGAGGCAGAUGGAGUAACACAAUAAGGUACAAAGGAGUUGUUUAAGGGUGUAUAACUUGUUGUUGUCUUUUGAAGCUUGGUUUCAUUGAUAUCUACUUUUCCUGUAGAAAUGUGACUACAACCACGAAGAAAAAAGCAAAAGGCUGCAAAGUGGAUGUUUGCGACUGUGAAAAAUCGACUAAACUAUAAAGUGAUUUUUAUGUAAGUCUUUUUCUGGGUACAUUUCUUUUCAAGGCUUAGUUAGUAAGACAGUUGGCUGGUGCAGGUGCUUAUAACACCAAGGCUGUGAAUACAAUUCCUGGAUGGGCCACAUACCUGCUGUUUUUAACUUUGGCUUAUAGAAUUUAUAGAAUUAAUCUACUAUUUUUGUAACUCUUAUUACCCGCUAAAUGUAUCAAAACGUAUGAUAAAAGUGUUUACUAAAUGAACUACUAAAUGUCUACUAUAAAAUAUUAUUAUAUUUGAAUUUAAAUACAUUUGCAGUGUAUCAAGGAAUCUAAUGAUAUACACACCGUUACUCACAUUUGUAUAAAAAACGGAGAGUCACCUGUGUUACCCAAUUAAUCUGUAAAUGUUGUUACGAAACCACCUAGCUAACCUACUGCUAACGCUACACUCCCAGUGUCCAGGGGUCCUAUAGGCCUGGCUAAAUAAUCUGUAUCCUGAUUGAAUGUGUGCAUGUAUGCGAGAAGUAAGAGUAUGCAGAUCAGGUGUUGAAUGCAUGUGCCCCAGGAGACAGCAAAAAGCAAAAUGUGCACCCCUUUUGGUCCCCAGGACCAGGAGUGAGGAACACUGCACUAAUCUACCCAUCUAUUAUAAAUUAUAACAAUAUUGUUUCAGAUAACAUUAUUUAUUUGCUACGUCAAAUGAAAUUGCCAUACUGUCUACUUGUCUGGUUGCCAAGUUUGUUUACAGUACAUAACAUUUUUCUUUUUACGAACAGGUAACUUUGUCAUCUCAAUUCUUACAUACAGCAGCUACCCAGAUCAUUAAAUUUAAAUUAAACAUUUAAAUUCUUCUAUUCAGAGGUCCAAACACUAAUAAGUAAGUCAUCCUUGCAGUUAAACAAGAAUGUUUAUUGUUUUACCAAAUAAAACCCAAAAGGGCAUUCCUGCUGUGCAAUAAGUGAAUUAAAGAUUAUGUAAUUGAUCUUAUGUCCCAGUUUAUUCAUCUACAGUUCUGAGAAGGCACCUGCCAAGUGAUAAGUGAGGUUUAUAGUAUCUGUAAAGAAUCGUCAGUGGUCCGUUGACCGGUAACAUCUCAUUACUCAGCAGUACUGUAGAAAAGGGGGGGGGUUGGAAACUGGCUUCCCUUACCUCAGGCCCUAGCCAUACCCAUUGGUUUCUUGUUGCCAGGGGCCCUUACCACACGUGGAGUCAGCCAAUCACAGGCAGGUCAUCUAAGGUCUCUGAUCCUCCUCCCAGUCUUCAGCAAGCAGUGGCAGAGUGAGGAGCUC